AUGGCUACAACGUUCUCAUUUGUCUGUGAAUUUAGUGAGAGAAUUGCAGACAGGGAGAGUGAUGGAACAACAAUAGUAGAUGCGAAGAUGAUGAAGCCAGUCAGAGCUGUCAUGAUGAAGAACAUGACGAACAGUUGCCCACUCUUGCUAAUUCAGGUGACGCGCCUCAAGUGCGGUGGUUUCAUCUUCGCCCUGCGUCUCAACCACACCAUGAGCGAUGCAGCAGGACUAGUCCAAUUCAUGAUGGCCGUGGGAGAGAUGGCACGUGGCGCACGUGUCCCCUCCAUCCAGCCUGUGUGGAAAAGGGAGCUACUGAAAGCUCGUGAUCCACCGCGCGUGACCUGUACGCACCACGAGUACGAUGAAGUGGCGGACACCAAGGGCACCAUCAUCCCACUUGAUGAUAUGGCCCACCGCUCCUUUUUCUUCAGGCCCAUCGAGAUGUCCGCCAUCCGUAGAUUCGUUCCACAGCACCUACGCAAGUGCUCCACGUUUGAGGUCCUCACGGCUUGCCUCUGGCGUUGCCGUACCAUAGCACUUCAGCCAGACCCCGAGGAGGAGGUGCGCGUGCUGUGCAUUGUGAAUGCCCGUGCCAAAUUCAACCCUGCUCUGCCCGUGGGUUAUUAUGGCAACGCGUUUGCGUUCCCGGUGGCUCUCACGACGGCUGGCAGGCUUUGCCAGAACCCGCUGGGCUACGCGCUGGAGCUGGUAAAGCAGGCCAAAGCUGAUGUGACAGAGGAGUACAUGCGCUCUUUGGCAGAUCUCAUGGUCAACAGGGGCCGGCCACACUUCACGGUGGUGGGGACGUACCUUGUGUCGGAUGUGACGCGUGCUGGGUUUGGAGAGGUGGACUUCGGGUGGGGCAAAGCAGCGUAUGGCGGGCCAGCCAAGGGUGGGGUCGGGGCCAUACCUGGAGUGGCUAGCUUCUACAUUCCAUUCAAAGACCAUAAUGGGCAAGAUGGGAUUGUGGUUCCUAUUUGUUUACCGGCCCCAGCUAUGGAGAGAUUCAUCAAGGAACUAGAUACCAUGUUGAAUGCUAAUGACCAACCAAAUAGGGUUCAGAAGUCUACUACCUUUAUCACAUCUGCCCUGUAAUAUAUUAAGUUGGAAGCAUAUAUGUAUGUAUCUGUCGCUGUUGGUAAGAAUUCAAACUCUCCUUGAGAGGUUGUAGGUUCAAGCCACAUUGGUAAUAAAUGUCAUUCCUAGAUUAUCCAAAAGAAAAAAAAAAACUCAUAAGA